AUGUCUACCAAUCCUCAAUCCCACAAAUCAGCCUCAGUGUCAGGCCACCCAGAUAGUGAAGUCUCUGAUUCUAAUGCAGGCCCCGGCUACGCAACCAAUCAGUCAAAUACCCAACUCCGCCGCUCAAGUCGUGCUUCCUCGUUAGUGACGGCACCUAAUAUGGUGACACCAGCAUCAGACUCCCGGGUGAGGUUGAACCGCCCAGCAACUGCACAAGUACAAAAACACCAUCCAGAAGCUUCAUCCGAUCAAGAAUAUAUUCAGGGUGCUGCCCCUUCAAAAGCGAAGGCCAAGUCGAAGAACAAGAGGCAGCGUCGAAAGCCUCCCUCUCCGGCUGAUCAUACAUCCAACCGUGUCACCCAGCCGAAAAAACGCAAGGCUGGAAAAUCAGCUAGCAACACUGUUGAGGUUAUAUCUAAUGAUGAGACCUACAACUACGAUCAAGAUUCUGAUUCUGUUUCAAUUUUAAAUCCGAAGAGACUUGGAGAAAAGAGUGCAAAGGGCGAUGGCUUUGCCCACCCACUUGAUUACUUUCACCCACCAACUUGGAAGGAGGGUGACCCGCAUGGAACAAAGCUAAAUUUUAAGUGUAGGUGGUGUGAUAAAACCUAUCGUGGACAGUUAUUAUCAAAUGGGAAUCUAAAGACCCAUCGCGAUGGUUCAACUCAAGCGGAUAAGAAUCCAAAAGGUUGUUUGAAUCGUGAACAAGCCAAGAAGGCUGGGAUUAUCUUACCACUCUCGGUCGCCAAAACACGAGCUUUGCAGGAUAACGACCAAGUUGGCAGUAACCUGAAACUCCAAUUCAAGCCAACAUUUGUCAAUCGAGUCUUGAACCAGAUCAUCAUGAUGUGGCAGAUUCGACAGGCCCUACCAUGGACUCGCAUUGAAGAUCCAUAUCUUCGUGCUGCCUUCCUUUUUGCAAACCCCAAAGCCGUGCUUUAUGGACGUCGAUGGUCGGCUGACGAGUCCAAGAAUCUAUAUACUGUGCUGAAGUCCCAUGUAUUUGAAGAGUUAAAUAAUCUCGACACCAAGUUCACCCUGAUCCAUGAUGUCUGGACCACAAAGGGUAAUCGAUUUGCAUUUAUAGGUGCAGCGGUAGCAUAUGUGGACCAGAACUGGGAAUAUGUUGUUUGGCAUUUGGGCCUCAAAAUGAUUCCUUGGAAGCACCGCGGGUAUCUCUUAGCACGACCUAUUGUAACGAUCCUUAAGAAAAACAACUUGCACCGGUCAAACAACAAUACGAUGGCGAGUGCCAUGUAUUCAUUGCUCAACAAUGCUGGAGACAGUAAUGCCAACAACACUUCUCCUUGUGAUCCGACCAAAAUGCACAUCCGGUGCAUCUGCCACAAGUUCGCGCUUAUUGUUAAUGUCGGUCUGGCUGCCUUAUUGCUCAAGACAUUGCCCCCUAGAAAGACAAAGCGGUCAGUUUUGGGCUGCUUCCCGGUGCUUGGUCGACUAGACAAGGAUGACAAACCAACCUCUCAGCCACCUGAAGGAAGCGGGAUGAAAGAUGUUAGCAAUGCCGAUGUUGAUGUGAAUUUUGGGGGCUCUGAAAGCGACUACGGAAAUGCCGACAAUGAGGUCAAUGAUGAGGAGGCCAGUGAUGACGAUGAUCCCAACGACAAGGAUGUAGCUGAACAGAUUAAAAAUAAUAAGACCACCAGACUUCUUGACCUCACUACAAAACUGGAAGUUGUUAUCAAACAAAUUACACGUUCAGCAGCUCAGAGGUCAAACUUUGACCGCAUAGCUCAUCAACUUGGAAUAAAGGUUGCCCCGUUGAUUGCUGGAUAUGGUAUCCGGUGGAAUAUCAAGUUCCAGUCCUACAAGAAAGCUGUUGAUGCCCGAGAUGUCAUCGAUCAAGUCCUGAAGGAGGAUCAAGAAGAACAUGGACCCGGAGACUUUGGUGAUGUCCUUUUUUCACCAUGGGACUGGAAAGAACUUGACAAUCUCACACGAGAGCUAGAGGUAUUUGUAGAACUCACUUCCCAAAUGGAAGGAAAUUCGGCAACUGGAACGCAUGUGAUCCCAAAAUACCUUGAGCUCAAGGAGACCCUUUCACAAAAGGUGUCGCAAGCUCAUGAAAAGGAUGCGUUGUACCCAAUGCACAAUGUGAUGCUGAAACGAGUGGAUAAAUAUCUUGAUGAGGCGAUGAAAUGCAGCACAUUGGUCAUUGCUACAAUCAUGCAUCCCUGCUACCGGAUGCACCUGUUUGAACUAGCAUUUGGACCCGAUAGCAAUGAGGUAACUCAAUGCCUGAGCUUGCUCAACCGUGAAUUCCAACUGGUCAAGGACAAUCAGAAAGUGACGUCGGAGAAGUCAAACGAUGCCAAUAUCGCUGUCAUAGACAAACCACCCAACCUUGCACUCAUGGACGCUAGCCUCGCGUACAAUACUAUAAGCGACAUCCUCAAGAAAACAAAAUUGAUGCUUACUUGA